GAAGCAAAAGCGGCUGGGCUGUUUUCCUCCGGCUUUGGUAGUGUAUGGCUUUGUGAUCUCUAUCCCGAACCUGGGUUUCUGGGGAGAUCAGGGCCACGGGCCGCGGGUACGAGACCACCUGGAGCGGGGCGGCUGCCAUGGCGACGCGGCAGGCGGCUUUCAACCAGGAGGAGAGCGGGCGGCGCGUGCACCGGGAUCCGGCGGCCGCGGAUUCGUCCCCGCCGGUGCUGUUGCUCAGCCACUUCUGCGCCGCUCCCUUCCUCUGCUUUGGGGACGUCCGCGUGGGAGCGUCACGGACGCGGUCUCUGGUCCUGCAAAAUCCGCACGAGGAGCCCCUGCAGGUGGAGCUGUCGCUGCUGCGCGCCGCAGCUCAGGGCUUCAGCGUGGUGCCGAGCCGCUGCGACCUGAAGCCUAAAGAAAAAGUUAUUGUUUCUGUUACCUGGGCACCACUGAAGGAAGGACGAGUAAGGGAGAUUGUGACAUUUCUCGUAAAUGAUUUUCUGAAGCACCAGGCUAUAUUACUGGGAAAUGCAGAAGAGCAUAGAAAGACAAAGAGAAGUCGCUGGAAUACCAUUAAGAAGGUUCCAACCUCUUCAAAACAUAUUAAAAGGACUCCCGAAAGCCACAAUUGUAAUGAAGCAUUUACCAUUUCACAAAAAGUUGGCAGAAUUAGGAGCCCACUGCAGGCCUGUGAAAAUUUGGCUAUGAGUGAACGCUGUUCUCCAACAGAAAACAGUUCUUUAUCCCUUGAAGAAAACAAAAUACCCACUUCAUCUGUUAGCCCUGUUAAAGAAUGCCAGAAUGAAACAUGCUUGUCAAUGCUUUUCCACAGUCCUACUGCCUGUUCAUCUCUGCAUGAAUCCAAAAAUGUACAUUUAAAAGUACAAGAUGCCAGCGUUUCCGAUGAUUGUAACUUUAAUGAGGAAGUCACAAAUCAAACUUUUCUUAAUCCUGUUAGUAUUGGUGAUCAAAGUGAAGGAAAGGGUAAACUUCCUCUUUCCCUCUCCAACUGUUCUUCACCUGUGAAUAUUACACAAAGCCAAAUCAAUUUUCUAAGUCCAGAUUCUUUUGUAAGCAACAGCUAUGCAUCUGAUAAUGGCCUCGGAUUAGUGAGGAAUGUUUUGUCAGAAACAUUUAGGAAAGAUAACUCGGAGUCUUUGUGUUUGGAAUCCCAAAACGUACGUGAAGUUUGCCAAACAAUCAUAAGCCCAGAGUCUUUUUUAAAUGAUAAUUAUGGACUUAAAAAAGCUCUUAAAUCAGAUUCAGUCAAUCCCAUUUUAUCUUCAACACAAUUUUUAAAGGAUAGCAUGGUACACAUAGGCCAGCAAACGUGUAAGUUAUCAACACUAUCAAAUAAAACUUCCCAGGAUUGGAGAAUAAAUGAAGGUUUAGCAUAUAACCUGGAGUGUCUGCCUCCAGAAACUCCCAAAGUUCUUUUUGAAAAACGAACCCCUGAGGAAAUAAAGUCUCAUUACCCUGGUUUUACAAAACAUCCCAAUAUUUCUGAUGCUUCUCUUUGUAACAAGAAUAAGCAACCAAAGAGACGCCCAAUUCUUUCUGCCACUGUUACCAAAAGGAAGCCCACCAAUACCAGAGAAAAGCUACCUGAGAUUGAUAAGCCAAAUGCAAAAAGAUGUCUCAAAGGUCUAGUAGGUAAAUGUGAAGAAGAAAUGGAUAACCUAAAAGAGAAAAGUUGUCAUUCCCACCUUCCAGUUGUAGAGCCAGUGAUAAGUAAACCUCAGGGUUGUAAAAAUGAAGCGACACCUUUAACUACAGUUGCAAUUUCUCGUAAAAGAAAGAGCAGCGGAAACAUGCAAGAUGCAAAUGGAAAGCUAGCUGCUGCAGAACAUGUAGAUGUGUGUGAGAUCAAACGAAUCCACUUUUCUCCUCUUGAAUCUACAUUAUCAACUACUGCAAGAACCAAGAAGAAAGAAACACUCACCUCGAAACAUCUUAGCACCUGGGAGAAAACCAGCCUGGUGAGGAAAACAGAUUCAUUAGUAUUAAGAACGCCUCUUUCUAAAACAAAGAAAAAGACACGACCCAUUGUUGCUGUAGCACAGUCUCAUCUGACCUUCAUAAAGCCAUUAAAAGCAGCUAUUCCUAGACACCCAAUGCCAUUUGCUGCAAGGAACAUGUUCUAUGAUGAACGCUGGAAAGAGAAGCAGGAGCAGGGCUUCACUUGGUGGCUAAAUUAUAUAUUAACACCUGAUGACUUCACUGUAAAAACAAAUGUUUCUGAAGUAAAUGCUGCCACCCUUGUUUUGGGAGUGGAGAACCAACAUAAAGUAAGUGUCCCGAAAGCACCAACCAAAGAUGAAGUUUCUCUCAGAGCUUACACAGCCAGCUGCAGGAUGAAUAGAUUACGCCGUACAGCUUGCUCCUUGUUUACUUCUGAAAAAAUGGUUAAAGCUAUUAAAAAGCUUGAAAUUGAAAUUGAAGUUGGACGGUUAAUUGUACGGAAAGAUAGACACCUCUGGAAAGAUAUUGGACAACGCCAAAAAGUCCUGAAUUGGCUAUUGUCAUAUAAUCCUUUGUGGCUUCGAAUUGGCCUGGAGACAGUUUAUGGUGAACUGAUCCCUCUGGCAGACAACGGUGAUGUCACAGGGUUGGCUAUGUUCAUUCUAAAUCGCUUACUUUGGAAUCCUGAUAUAGCAGCUGAAUAUAGACACCCCACCGUUCCUCUCCUGUUUCGAGAUGGUCAUGAAGCAGCCUUGUCUAAGUUCACUUUGAAAAAAUUAGUAUUGUUAAUCUGUUUCCUUGACUACGCUAAAAUUUCCAGACUUAUUGAUCAUGAUCCUUGUCUCUUUUGUAAAGAUGCAGAAUUCAAGGCUAGUAAAGAACUUCUUCUAGCCUUUUCACGAGAUUUCCUAAAAGGUGAAGGUGACCUUUCUCGUCACCUUAGCCUGUUGGGAUUACCUGUGAGCCACAUCCAGACACCACUUGAUGAAUUUGAUUUUGCUGUUACAAAUCUUGCUGUGGACCUGCAAUGUGGGGUGCGCCUUGUGCGAACCAUGGAACUUCUCACACAGAACUGGAAUCUGUCAAAGAAACUCAGGAUUCCUGCAAUAAGUCGAGUUCAAAAGAUGCACAAUGUUGAUAUUGUUCUUCAGGUUCUUAAAUCGCGAGGGGUUCAACUAACUGAUGAAUAUGGAAACACUAUCUUGUCUAAAGAUAUUGUGGAUAGGCACAGAGAGAAAACACUUGGGUUGCUUUGGAAAAUAGCAUUUGCUUUUCAGGUGGAUAUUUCCCUUAAUUUAGAUCAAUUAAAGGAAGAAAUUGAUUUCCUAACACACACAUACAAUAUAAAAAGAGCAAUGUCUGCCAUGUCAUGCCAUUCUCGAGCUGGUGCUGAUAAGCAAAAGGACAAAAGGAACAGUGGGUCCUUUGAACGCUAUGGUGACAGUGUUAAGUUAUUGAUGGACUGGGUGAAUGCUGUUUGUGCCUUCUAUGAUAAGCAGGUGGAGAAUUUUACAGUGUCCUUCUCAGAUGGCCGUGUGCUGUGCUACCUGAUCCACCACUACCACCCAUGCUAUGUGCCUUUUGAUGCUAUCUGCCAGCGCACUACCCAGUCCGUGGCCUGCGCACAAACUGGUUCAGUGGUGUUAAAUUCUUCAUCUGAAUCCGAUGGAGGUUGUCUGGAUCUGUCUCUUGAAGCACUUGAUCAUGAAAACACUCCAGAACUAUACAAAGAACUUCUAGAAAAUGAAAAGAAAAAUUUCCAUUUGGUGAGAUCUGCAGUUAGAGAUCUUGGAGGAAUACCUGCUAUGAUUCAUCAUUCAGACAUGUCAAACACAAUUCCAGACGAAAAGGUGGUCAUUACCUAUUUGUCAUUUCUUUGUGCAAGACUUUUGGAUCUCCGUAAGGAAAUAAGAGCUGCCCGACUUAUACAGACAACUUGGAGAAAACAUAAACUAAAACGAGACCUAAAACACCAUCAGGAAAGAAAUAAAGCUGCUAGAAUUAUUCAGUCAGUUGUUCUCAGUUUUCUAACCAGACGAAGACUGCAAAAACAGGCCAAUGCAGCUCUAGUUAUUCAAAAAUGUUGGCGAAGAGUUUCAGCACAAAGACAAUUGCUAAUGCUGAAAAAAGAAAAACUGGCCAAACUUCAAAGUAAAUCAGCAUCACUUAUUCAGGCCUAUUGGAGAAGAUACUCCGCCAGAAAAUGGUUUCUGAAGUUGAAGUACUACUCAGUCAUCCUACAGUCUAGGAUAAGAAUGAAAAUUGCUCUUGCAGCUUACAAACGAUAUCUUUGGGCCACAGUUACUAUUCAGAGGCAUUGGCGUGCGUGCUUAAGAAGAGACCAAGAUCAACAAAGAUUUAAGAUGCUGAAAUCUUCAACCCUUGUCAUCCAGUGUAUGUUCAGAAGAUGGAAGCGACGCAAGCUGCAGUUACAAACUCAAGCGGCAGUAACAUUGCAGCGAGCUUUCAGAGAGUGGCAUCUCAGGAAACAAGCAAGAGAAAGAUCCGCUGUUGUGAUACAGUCAUGGUAUAGAAGGCACAGGCAAGUGCAGAAAUAUACUCGUAUUAGAUCUUGUGUUGUAGCCAUUCAGAGAAGAUUUCGGUGCUUUCAAGCCCAAAAGCUAUACAAGAAACGGAAGGACGCCGUCCUGACUCUCCAGAAGUACUACAGGGCAUACCGGAAGGGGAAGCUAGCACGCACUGACUAUCUUCAGAAACAAGCUGCCGCCAUUCGACUGCAGGCUGCAUUCAGGAGGAUGAAGGCUCGUAAUUCACACAGGCAAAUUCGAGCUGCCUGUGUUCUUCAGUCCUAUUGGAGAAUGAGACAGGAAAGAGUUCGAUUUUUAAACCUGAAAAAGAUGGUUAUCAGAUUGCAAGCACACGUAAGAAGGCAUCAACAGUUGCAGAAAUAUAAGAGAGUAAAGGAAGCAGCUAUCAUAAUUCAGACUCGUUUCCGAGCUUCCAUCUCAGCCAGGAAGGCUCUAGCAUCUUAUCAAAAAACACGGUCUUCAGUCAUCGUUCUACAGUCUGCAUAUAGAGGGAUGCAAGCCAGGAAAAUGUUUACUCAUACUUUAAAGUCUGUUAUAAAGAUUCAGUCAUAUUAUCGGGCUUAUAUAUCCAGAAAGAAAUUUCAGAGCUUCAGAAAGGCCAUCAUAAAGCUGCAGUCCCUUGUCAGAAUGAAACACACACGUAAGCAGUAUUUACAUUUAAGAGCGGCUGCACUCUUUAUCCAGCAGUGGUACCGUUCCCAAAAGCUGGCUGCACAGAAGAGAAAAGAAUACUUGCAGGUGCGUGAAUCCUGUGUCAAACUGCAAGCAUAUGUUAGGGGAUGCCUGGUCCGAAGGCAGAUGAGGAUGCAAAGCAAAGCUGCCAUUUCGCUGCAGUCUUACUUCAGAAUGAGGAAAACGAGGCAGCGCUACCUGAAGAUGUACAAGGCGGCUGUUGUCCUUCAGACUUUCUACCGUGCCUACAAAGCCCAGGUCAGUGAAAGGCAGAAAUACUUGCAGGUCAGAGGAGCAGCUGUUUGUUUACAGGCAGCUUUCAGAGGCCACCGAGUACGCCAGAUAAUCAGGCAACAGUCCACAGCUGCCGUUACCAUUCAGAGGGCUUUCAGAGGCUACAGUCAGAGGGUGAAAUUCCAAACUGUGCUCCAGUCUGCUGUGAAGAUUCAGAGAUGGUACAGGGCACGCAAGAUUGCUUGUGAUGUGCGAACCCAAUUUCUCACGACGCGAAUGGCUGCGCUUUCCCUCCAGUCCGCCUACCGUGGCUGGAGAGUUCGGCAGCGGCUCAGGCGGGAGCAUGAGGCUGCAGUGAAGAUCCAGUCUGUGUUUAGAAUGUUCCUGGCCCUGAGACGGUUCAGACUGCUGAGAACAGCAGCGAUAGUCAUCCAGCAGCAUGUCAGGGCAUGGGCUGCAGGAAAGAGGCAGCGCUUGGAGUACCUGGAACUCCGUCGUGCUGCUCUGGUGUUUCAGGCUACAUGGAAAGGAAAGACCCUGAGAAGACAGAUCGCGCGGCAGCACGAAUGCGCUGCCCUCAUACAGUCUUAUUACAGAAUGCACGUCCAGCGGAGGAAGUGGAGGAUCAUGAGAACAGCCGCUCUUCAGAUCCAGGUGUUUUACAGGACUUACAAAGCUGGACAGGAACAGCGCUGUUUAUAUUUGGAAACAAAAGCAGCUAUAGUAAUUUUACAGUCAGCUUACCGUGGUAUGAAAGUGAGAAAGCGACUAAAGGAAUGCAACAAAGCAGCAGUCACUCUACAGUCUAAGUUUAGAGCCUACAGAGCCCAAAGGAAUUACACAAACUACAGAACCUCAGCUGUGAUAAUUCAGAGAUGGUAUCGGAAUCUUCAAAUUACAGCCCAGCAGCGUCGGGACUAUCUUAACUUAAAGAAAGCAGCAGUUAAAGUUCAGGCUGUGUACAGAGGCGUUAGAGUAAGAAGACACAUCCAACACAUGCACGUGGCAGCCACACUUAUUAAAGCCAUGUUUAAGAUGCAUCGGUCGAGAGUCAGAUACCACGGGAUGAGAAGAGCAGCUGUUGUAAUUCAAAGGAGAUACAGAGUGUAUCGUCUAGGUAAAAUUCAGCGUGAAAAGUACCUGUCAACUCUGCAGGCUGUUAGAACUCUUCAGGCAGGUGUCAGAGGAGCGCAAGUCCGGCAGACUGUAAGAGAGAUGCGGGUCGCGGCCAUACUCAUUCAGUCGCACUUUAGAAGAUACAGACAGCAAACUUACUUUCAUAGGUUAAGGAAGGUGACAAAAAUGGUGCAGCAGAGAUUCCGAGCAGUGAGAGAAAGGAACAUUCAGCGUCACAACUACCAUAUACUGAGACGCUCUGUAAUACUUAUUCAGGCUGCCUUUAGGGGACUGAGAGCUAGGAGACAUCUGAAAGCUAUGCACGAGGCUGCCACUCUCAUUCAGAGGAGAUACAGAACUCUCCUCGUGAGAAGAAAAUUCCUCUCUCUCAGGAAAAGUGUUAUUUGGGUCCAGAGACAAUUCCGUGCAAAUCUUCACACCAAGUGUCGCCGACAGUUUCUGUUGGAAAAGGCAGUUGUUAAGAUCCAGUCAUCAUACAGAGGAUGGGUGGUGAGGAAAAGGAUGGAGAAGAUGCACAGGGCUGCCACUGUCAUCCAGGCCACCUUCAGGAUGCACCGAGCCUGCGUGAGGUACCAGGGUCUGAAGCAGGCCUCGGCUGUGAUCCAGAAGCAAUACCAAGCACAUGCAGCUGCAAAACUACAGAGGCAGCUUUUCGUCAGACAGAGACAUGCUGCUGUGACCCUUCAGGCUGCCUUUAGGGGGAUGAAAGCCAGACGUCAGCUGAAGACUAUGCACUCUUCUGCCACCCUUAUUCAGAGGAACUUUAGAGCUUUAGUAGUAAGGAGGAGAUUCAUUGCCCUCAGAAAAGCUGCCCUGUUUGUUCAGAGGAAAUACCGAGCCACGGUUGACACCAAGCAUAAAUUGUACCACUUCUUGCAGUUACGGAAGGCAGCCAUUACAAUACAGUCAUCUUAUCGAAGACUAGUGGUAAAAAAGAAGUUACAAGAAAUGCACAGGGCUGCAGUCCUUAUCCAGGCUACUUUUAGAAUGCACAGGACAUAUGUUAGGUUUCACACUUGGAAACGUGCCUCGAUCAUAAUUCAACAGCAUUAUCGAAUGUACAGAACUAUGAAAUUACAAAGAGAAAAACUUAUGGGACGUAUUGGACAGUGGGAUUCUGCUGUGGCUGCACAUAGAGGAAUAAAAGCAAGCUGGCGUUUCAAAGAAAAACACAGUGCUGCUGUCAUAAUACAAAGCACAUAUAGGAUGCAUAGGCAGCGCCGUUUCUACCAGCAGCUUCGGUGGGCAGCAAACAUAAUACAAGAAAAAUAUCGAGCAAAUAAAAAGAGACAGCAAGCUCUUCUGCUCCAUGCGUGUAAGGAAGAAACAACUCUUAUGCAAAUGCAUCUUCAGGAUUUGAACACUACAAAACAAAUUCAGGACCAGCAUGAGGCUGCCGUGAUUAUUCAGAAGCAUUUUAGAGCCUUUAAAGCAAGGAGGCAUGCAGAGUGUGAAAGAGGCUUCCAGGCUGGAUUGAGGAAGUCUAAAGCUAAGAAAUACUUAUCCAAAGUGGAAGCUGCCUGCAGGAUUCAAGCCUGGUAUAGGUGUUGGAAAGCACGCAAGAGAUACCUAGCUUUAGUAAAAGCUGCUAAAAUUAUUCAAGGAUACUUCUGUGCCAAGAUGGAGAGAAUGAGGUUCUUGAAGAUGAGAGCAUCAGCAAUUAUAAUCCAGAGAAAAUGGAGAUCUACACUGUCUGCAAGAGAAGCUCGUGAAAAGUUGAUUUUAAAAGUUUCAGAAAAGAAAGCCAAAAUUCGACUUCUCCACUUUACAGCGGCUGCAUACUGUCACAUGUGUGCGCUUAGAAUCCAGCGAGCGUACAGAAUCCAUGUGGCUGUGAGGAAUGCACAGGAACACAUUAAUUCAGUCAUCUCUAUUCAGAGAUGGUUUCGAAGAAGAUUACAACAAAGGAAGUGUAUUGAACAGUAUCAUAAGAUCAUAAAAACUGACCAUGAAGUUCAAGAAUGUCGGCACCAGCAGAGUAGGGCUGCCUCAGUGAUACAGAAGGCAAUACGCCACUUUCUCCUGUGCAGAAGACAGGAAAAAAUCAAUAGCAGUGCCAUUAAAAUUCAGGCAUGGUGGAGAGGCUAUUCUUGGAGGAAGAAAAAUGAUGGCACAAAAAUUAAAGCUAUCCGCCUAAGCCUUAGAGCUGUCAAUAGGAACGUUGAGGAGGAGAACAAGCUCUACAGAAGAACUGAGCGUGCCCUUCAUCACCUACUGACGUACAAGCACUUGUCUGCCAUUCUGGAUGCUCUGAAGCACCUGGAGGUCGUUACCAGAUUAUCUCCACUUUGCUGUGAGAACAUGGCUGAAAGUGGAGCAGUUUCUACAAUCUUUGUUGUAAUCCGAAGUUGUAAUCGAAGUGUUCCUUGUAUGGAAGUUGUUGGAUAUGCUGUUCAAGUACUGCUGAACGUAGCAAAGUAUGAGAAGACAAUCUCAGCAGUUUAUGAUGCUGAAAACUGUGUGGACACGCUGCUGGAACUUUUGCAAGUGUACCGAGAGAAGCCUGGUGACAGACUUGCCGAGAAGAGUGCGACCAUUUUCACAAGAACUUGCUGCUUAUUAGCUGUGCUGUUGAAGACAGAACAUUGUGCUUCUGAUGUACAAAGCAGAUCAAAAGUUAUCGAUCGUAUUUAUCGCCUCUACAAACUUAUAGUUCCUAAGAAUAAAGUGAAUAUGGAAGGGUUACUUGAUAAGCAGAAGCAGAAUUCCUGUAUAGACUUUCCUUGUAUACCAGAAAGAUCUGUGAAGACCAGACUAGUUUCAAGAUUUAAGCCACAGUGGGUUUUGAGGCGUGAUAAUAUGGAAGAAAUCACAAAUUCAUUGCAAGCUAUUCAACUGGUGAUGGAUACCCUUGGCAUUCCUUAUCAGUAAAUGGAAACAUUUUCAGUGUAGGACUGUAAAUAAUUACGCCAAUCAUGGAUACUUGGAGCAGCUUUUACUUUCAGUGUAAACUUUUGAAUAUGACUUUGUAUAAAAUAAAAAUAUGUAUUACAAGUGUUUAUUAAA